CAAGGGUAUGGUCAUCGAAGGAGGGAGUUUUCGGGUCAAAUUCUGUUCUUCUCAUCUCAUGGACGUGGAUUGCGACCGAAGCUCCAACGGGUCUGUCAGAAUCAGUCACGGGCAGGCGAUAAAGGGGAGGCCUCACCACUCGCAAGCUGACGGGGCAGCGCAAGGAGGUCACAACUCAGUCAGGAAGGAGUACCCAUCCGAGGAGGUGAAAUCGCCUAGCGCCAAGGGGAAGGGAAUGCAGGCAGACGCCAGGAGUUCCGAUAUGACGAGCAAGGGAACAGGUGGUCCAUGGUUGAGGAAGGCCAACAAGACCAGCUAUAAUGCCAACGAGUUUUCCUCUUUGAGCGACCCUAAACUUUGGGACUCUCUCUGCGACGAAGGAGAGCCGGUUGACAACGACUCGACUGUCUUCAGAUGGAGAGGAAAAACCUUGUUACAUCCCUUCUGGAGCAACGGGAACCUUGUGGUCAGAGCGGUCCCUUCAGGCGACCUUAUCUACAAGGGUCGUCCGUCUAAUCUCAAUAGUCCGGCAAGCGACUCCAGCCCUACACCCUCAACCUUGCAGUCGCUCAAGUGGGGGAGCUACGAAGUCGAUAUGGCGGAGGAGAGGAACAUAUCCGAGCUCUGUUCCCUGUUUCCAGGGCGUCUGGGAGCGACUCGGGCUCGUGAGCUCUUGAACGUUUGCAACGGAGAUGUCAACGCGGCCAUGGCUAUCUUGCUAGAUGAAGACUGUGAAUGAAAAUAUUCUUUUCCC